AGUAUCUGCCUACCAUUCUAUUAUUAUUAUUAUUUAUUUUUUAUUUUUUGAGGGAAAAAGAGAGAAGGAAUCGGAUUAAGAAAGGCUUUCAACUCUUAACCCCAAGCUUCAGAAAGUUGAGAUUUUGAUGGUAAUGUAGGUGUUCUGUUGACGGCUCUCCUAUUAUUCAGCUUUCGUUUCCAUGGAUUCCUCCUUUGAGGGAGUUGCACUUGAUCCAUCAAAAUGUAGUAAAUUGAGUAUGGGUGAAAAGAGAGAGUUAGUCUAUGAAUUAUCAAAGAGGACAAACAGGGCCUCUGAAAUGCUACAAUCAUGGAGCCGCCAAGAGAUUUUACAGAUCUUAUGUGCCGAGAUGGGGAAGGAAAGGAAAUAUACUGGAUUGACUAAGCUGAAAAUUAUAGAAAACCUUUUGAAAAUUGUAGCUGAAAAGAAUUCGGGGGAUCGUGAGGGUGUAGCAGAUCCUGAAUUGCAAUCUUCCCCGACAAAUGGCCAGAAAACAUCCAAAAGGCAGAGGAAAGCUGAUCAUCCGUGUCGACUGCCUGUUCUGGUGAAUGAUCCUCCAAUCAAUAAUAGCGGAAAUGAUAUGACUAAUGCUAUUUAUUGUAAAAACUCAGCUUGCAGGGCUAGCUUGAGACAAGAUGAUACAUUUUGCAAGAGGUGUUCCUGCUGCAUCUGUUAUAAGUUUGAUGACAACAAGGAUCCUAGCCUGUGGUUAAUUUGCAGCUCAGAGCCUCCUUUCCAGGGAAAUUCUUGUGGCAUGUCAUGUCAUCUUGAGUGUGCUUUAAAACAUGAGAAGUCUGGUUUUCGUAAAGAUAAACGGCAUGCAGGACUUGAUGGGAGCUUUUAUUGUGUACGAUGUGGGAAAGUAAAUGAUUUGCUUGGGUGCUGGAGAAAACAACUGAUGGCUGCGAAAGAUACGAGGAGGGUGGACAUACUCUGCUAUCGCGCCUCUUUAGGCCAAAAACUUCUUAAUGGUACUCAGAAGUAUCAAAAGCUUUCUGAGAUUGUUGACGAGGCUGUUAAGAUGCUUGAAGCUGAAGUAGGUCCAUUAACUGGUGUGCCUGUGAAGAUGGGUAGGGGUAUCGUCAACAGGCUUUCUUCUGGACAGGAAGUGCAGAGACUCUGUUCUUCGGCAGUUGAAUUACUGGACAAAAUGAUUUUUGAUACGAUCUCAAAUUCUUCACCAGAUCUUUCAUUACCUGCAGGUCCAAGUUCAAAAUCUCCGGCAGUUGUACGCUUUGAAGAUGUUCAACCGACUUCCCUUACUGUGAUUGUGGGUUCUGAAGAAACUUUUCCAGAUGGUAUUAUUGGUUACACCUUAUGGCAUCGCAAGGUUCAUGAUAGGGAUUACCCUGUUAAAUCAACUUGUACAUUGUUUGUACCAAAUAGAAGGUAUAUUGUCACAGGACUGACUCCAGCUACGGAGUAUUAUUUCAAGAUAGUCUCCUUUGAUGGAAAAAGAGAGUUUGGCCCAUGGGAAGUUCCGAUUUCGACUGCCAGUAGUGGGGAUGAAGUACCAAGCUGCCCUGUGAUGGGAAGAAGUCAGAGCCCUGCUACCAACUGUAGUAGCCUUUCUAAUCCAUCCUCUGUGGAGGAUGAAACUAAUAACAAUACCCCACACAGUGAUCAGAAUGAUGACCGGGCUGACAAUUAUGUGACGUAUUGCAAGGACACAGAAAAAAUUAUUCCCACAAAUCUAUCCGAAGGUGCCACCAACCGCACUGUCCUUGGUGAAGAUGGAAUUCCUGCAGAUGAAGUUUCUCUGUUGGGUGCAGACCAUGCCAUGGAGAUAGUUGGUCCAAUGCCUGAUUCUGAUGUCUUAGAUGUUGAGAAAAAACAGACAUCAGAGGAUCCAAUUAAUGAGGAGACGAGCACUGAUAAUGGCUCUGAUGCCCCGGUUCAGACUGGUACUGAAUGCGUGCCAUUUGUGGGUUGCUCAGAAGCUGGCCUGCCCGUUACUCCCUGCAGGAUGGAAAUAGUUAAGGAUGUACAAGGAAGGAGUGGGAGAUGUAAAUCCAGCAACAAGGACCGGAAGGAUAGGACCGGUAAAGGAGAUGAUGCUCUUGAUGGUAGCUCUUCCAAGAAAAGAAAUGGGGAAAGGCGGGACGAAGAAUGUGUGGAAACCGGUGUCUCAGAAGUGGACUUUGAGCAUUGCGUGAAGGUAAUCAGAUGGUUAGAGUGUAAGGGACAUAUUGAGAAGAACUUUAGGCAGAAAUUCCUCACCUGGUAUAGUUUAAGAGCCACCCCACAGGAGGUGAGGAUUGUUAAGGUCUUUGUCGGUAUCUUAAGUGAAGACCCAGCAUCUCUUGCCGAGCAGCUUGUUGACACAUUUUCGGACUGCAUCUCAAGCAAAAAAACGUAUGCUGGGCUUUGCAUGAAGCUUUGGCAUUGACGUCAGUGGGUCAUAUGGUAGCCUAUUCUUCAUUCUCAUAUAGAUAGAUCAUGAAUCACCAUGAUUUAUAUAUUAGCUUUUGUCAUUCUUAUGAUUAUGUAAGGAUGUCAGAGUUGUUAUCCUUUAAUAUAACAGUUGUUGGCUGGUUUGCUAAUUAAUGGUGGUUUCAGUUACAUUCUU